AGCUGUGUGAGCUGACGAUUAAGAUCAUGAAGUAUUUUUCUAUCAUUGUUUUGGUCACAAUUGGCCUGAAUUUGGUUCAUGGAGAAGAGGAGGGGUCGUCUUCCGAGCGUAACUAUGACACCUCUACGUUUAAAGAAGAAAUAGGCAAAAAGGAUCAUUUUGUCAAGUUUUUUGCCCCGUGGUGUGGACAUUGCAGGAAGUUAGCUCCGGUCUGGACUCAACUGAGUGAAAAAUACAACACUGCUGAAGACAGCAUUGUAACUAUUGCUAAGGUUGACUGCACAGUUGAGACUUCUCUCUGCUCUGACCAUGGCGUUACUGGAUACCCUACCCUCAAGCUUUACAAGAAAGAUAAAGAACCAUUGAAGUAUAAGGGAAAGAGAGAUCUCGCCACAUUGGAGAAAUACAUAGAGGAUGAGCUAAACCCACAGGAACCUGGUGUUCCACAGCCUCCUGAAGCCAAGAAUGGCCUCUAUGAACUCACAGUAGCUACCUUCAAGGAUCAUGUCAGCAAAGGACAUCACUUUAUCAAGUUUUACGCCCCUUGGUGCGGCCACUGCAAACGACUUGCCCCAACGUGGGAGCAGCUUGCCCAAGGAUUCCAGCAUAGCGACUUUGUCAAGAUUGCAAAGGUUGAUUGUACAGCACACAGAUCAGUAUGUGAACAGUAUGGUAUCAAGGGUUAUCCAACUCUCAAGUUCUUUAAGGAUGGAGAGGCAGUUGAUUCUUAUAACGGUGGUCGUGACCAUGUAGCCUUGAAGGAGUAUGUGAGUAAGAUGACCAAGACCCCGAAUCAAGAACGUACAGCACCUCUUCCUGGCUCUGAGGAUGCCAUCAAACCAGUACCUGUCAAAGAGCAACCUCCAGAAGAACAGCCGGCUGUUGAAUCUAAGGUGGCAGUUUUGUCAACAAACAAUUUCCUAACCCAGACAGCAAAAGGAACAUCUUUUGUAAAGUUUUAUGCCCCAUGGUGCCCACACUGCGAGAAGCUUUCACCAAUAUGGGAUCAACUAGCUGAGAAGUUUGACAGCAGAAAAGACGUUACUAUUGCAAAGGUGGAUUGUACAAAGGAGACAGAAAAACCUCUUUGUCAGAAACAUGAUAUCCGAGGAUACCCGACGCUCCUUUUAUUCAAAGACGGUGAAUUUGUUGAGAAACAUUCCGGUACCAGGACCCUGGAUGCACUAGAAACAUACGUCAGAACCAAACUGCCUAAAGAAGAGCUCUAGGAAAAUUACCAGGUCCCGGGGUCUGUUUCAUAAAGACUUACAACUAUAGUAACUUUGCAAUUAUUACAACCUUGAUUGUGAUUGGCUGCUGAGCCCUGUUACCAUGGUAGUUGUCAUAGUGGACAAGUUACCAUAGUUUUAAGUCCGUAGAUGAAAUAGGCCUCAGAUCUCUCUGUGUUUUUUUUUUACUUUACAAUAUUCUAAAGCACUUGGAGAUGAAGUGUCACAAGUGUUUUUGAAUUCAAAUUUAUCACUAAUAUCAUAGUUAUAUUUUUUUUUACAGAAUGUCUCCUAAAAUAAACUAAACUCAAUUAACAAAAAUCCAAGUCAAGUCCAGUUGGCGUUAGACACACAAAAAAUUAAGUAAAUAAUGGUGCCUUGAUUUCCGACUACUUUUUUGCUGAUGCAGACAUUAAAGGAAGCUGGAGAGAAUUUCACUGAUUUUCCCAUAGGUGCAAUUUCCCCGUCUCAAAUAAUCUUGAACUUGGACGAAUUUAUGCCAACAGUAUUAAAGUUAAAUUUAUUUUUCAUUCAAAUACCAUUAAAUUGAAUGUCAAUUUAUUUGGCAGCAUUAAUAUUCAAAAUAUAAACAGAAUCAUUUACAAUCAAAAGGAUGUACAUAAUAGUGAGUCACCACCUCUUAAAAAAAGUAAUCUAUUCUCAUGGAUAUAAUUACAAUGAAAGGAAAUAAAAACACAGUAAGAAAUAUACAAAACAUGGCGGAUUCCAUCUGAUGAGGAAUUCCCAAACCAGAACAUUAAUUUUGCAUUUGUCUUGUACAGAUAUAGCGUGCAAGUCUACCACGAAUUUGAGGCAUCUUUCCAAAUUUGUGAAACAAGUAGAGAAUAUGUUAACUGGACUCAACAAAUCAAAUCAAAGUAAAAUAUAAUAUAGGUGGAAUUAUCAAAGAAGGAUUAUCCUUUUUAGGAAACUGGUCCACCUUUAAUUACUCUCACUAGUUUUGAUUGAUUUGAAGACUGAUAUUGCUCUUCCUGUGAAGGGAGCCCUCUAUCCUCAGUGCCUUAUAAGCUACUGUAAGGCUGAUCUUUUUUUUUUGUACCUCGUUUAUGAAUAAUGUUUCAGCAUUACAAAAAAUAGCAUUAAAUGCUAUAUAAAUCUUGCAUUUUUCGCUAUGCGAAUGGAAAACCCAAUGACACGGUCUAACAUUUUUUAUAGUUACAACCUUUAGAAUGGUUAUUCUUACGCCGUUAAAAUCUGGCAUGUAUAAGUGGUGACAACGGUCUCAAACGUUGCAGUAAAAAAAUUCAAACCAAUUUCAGUAAUAUAAUAACUAAUCAAAAUUAAACUUUCAUUUAUAUUAAAAAAAAAAUUAACUUUUCCAUAUGCCUCAUUUAUUUACUGUAACCUGUGAUUUAUUCGUUCUGUUAAAUUUAAAAUCAUGGGAUCUUAAUUUUAAUAAAAAGUUUGAAUCGUCUUACAUUUCUUCAAAAUUCCUUGUUGGAUAUAUUUUACAUUGAGAGAUUAAAUAAAAAUAUUUCAUAUCUUUAUUUUUUGUGAUUGUGAAUUUUGAAAGUUUAACAACAAAUAGAAUCAUGUUCAGGGUAGGUAUUCAGCUUGUGAAGUAUAUUUGGCAUAUAGUGCAUAGCAUGAAAUGCAGUGAAUUUUCAUGACAAUGGAAAUAAUAUUUCCUAUUUUCUUUUUUUCUUUCUAGUAGAAUUUUUUUGCAAGUAAAGGGCAGUAAAAAGGAAUUAAUCAUUGCCACUGUUUGUUAAAAAAAUAUGCAUUUUGAUGUUCAUUAUCCAGUUAUGGAUAUAUAUAAACCUUGGUCUAGAUUUUUUCUUCAAAAUACAAUUUGAUAUUAGAGGAAAUAUUCUGGAUUUUAAUCAUUCUGAGCCCUUGUUUUGAUGUCAUUUCUCUUAAUGAUUUUUAAUACUACUACAUGUACUUUCUUUUAAAAGGAAUUGCAAUUUCAACCCUAGUCCCUAUUUUUCACUUUUAAAGGUCAAGAUGUCUACCUUUAAAGGUCAAAAUGUUUACCGAAAUAGGCCCGUACUCUGAAGUCCUUUUUAACUUGCUCCUUGGCUUAACUCUGCCAAAUUUGU